GAGUAGCGUAGAUCAUUGUCCAUUGCUCGAUCAUCGUCGCAGUUGCUGCACGGGUCUGGAAUCACCACUUGCUAGUGACUUUGAAGCGGAUCCAGUCAGUCUUAAAUUAGCGCUGAUGAAAGCAAGAGCUUCCACCGUGGUGCAUUCCGAAUAAAAGUGAACUGCAGUUACAUCAAGUCCCUAGAAAAAGUGGAAAAACUUCUGGGCUGACGGCUCCUCGACGGAAAUUGAAAGUGCUCGAAACGAUCAUGAAGCUCACCCGAAUAGCGUUGUCCCUUCUGCUGUUUGUGGCACCCUCUUGGAGUGAGCUCCGGAAAACAUUCCACAGCAAAAUCAGUCGCAGCGGAGGAGUCGCCCCCAGUUCGAGCAGUCGUUAUCUGUUUCACAACUAUCAUGGUGGACGCGAUCGAGGCCACGAUCAUCAUCAUCAAAGCUUUAAGAAACAGCUGGCAUCGACCACGAUUAGUGAGAAUGAGCUUGACGCGACUACCAUUCCACCGCCCCUACAGCAGGAUGAAGCUCCGAUUACGACAGAAUUACCGUACGAACGAACGCUUCCCCUAAGGGUGCUCAACUGUAUGACCAAAGCUUCGAUCCUAGAUUGCAGUAAGCUUUACGUGCUUCAGAAUAUGGAAUCGCGGAAUUAUCAGUUUGAAAUCACAGGAAACUUGACCUACGACGUACAACAGAUCCUGCUGCCAUCCUAUAAACGACCGGACAACAAACUUUUCGAAGAACGUCUUCUUCAGCUCAACUCGACAGAGGUCGACCGACGAAUCAACCAAGGGCUGGCCUUGCUCUUCAACGAACGUCAAGUCGACAUCAAAUUCCUGCCAGGGUUUGAACUCCAAAUCAAACCCAGCGACAGCGACACGUUAGAAUUUUCGAUCCAGAAGCAACUGUCCGAAAAUGAUUCAUCGGAGGGUCGCUCUGGAGAUGAAAAGGGAAAGGAUCGCGAUCGCAACAAGAACAAGGGAACCCGCAAAGUGAUGAAGCAUUUGCUGCGAUUCGGAGUUCCCGCAGUGCUGCUGCCUUCGAUGCUUUUGGCCGGAGUGCUGCCGAUGAUGCUUCCUGUGCUCAAGUUUGCAACGGUAUUCACGAGUUUGGUGAAUCAUGCUGCACUGGCCGCCGCGGUCAUGUAUCUGGCGAAACAACACGCCCAGGAGCAGGAGGAAAAGCAGACCGUGUACUUCAAUGCUGGAUACAACUAAGGUGUUGAAUAAAAUCUUGGUGAUGGAUGAUGGGGAAAGUUAGCGUAAGUUAGAUGAAUGUAUGAAUAAUGUAUUUAUUAAUUUAUUUUAAAUUAUUUAGAAUUAUUCAUAAUUCAGUGAUUUUAGCAAUAGCUACUAGACAAAGAUUUCCUUUAAUAAAUUUUAAU